UCAGGCCCAUGUGUGCGCGGAGCAACUUCGUCCUUCCAACAAAGUAACGGUUUGGAGAGCAAAGAUGGCAACAAGCGGAAUGAAAGGUAGCGCCAUUGUUUGCGUGCCAAACGGAUACGCUCAGAAGGUCAAAGAAGUGAAUGGACGGGGCCACUGGGGGACCAAGACGGAGUUCAUCCUCACCGUAAUGGGAGCCAUUAUCGGGCCUGGAAAUAUCUGGAGGUUCCCAUACCUGUGUUACAAGAACGGUGGAGGUGUGUUUUUUAUCCCAUACAUCUUGUUCAUAUUUACCUGCGGUAUACCGCUGUUCUUCCUUGAAACUGCGUUAGGGCAGUACACCAGCCAGGGCGGAAUCACAUGCUGGCGACAGAUUUGUCCGCUUUUUCAAGGCAUUGGCUAUGCCAGUCACCUGAUCAUCGCAUUCAGCGCAACAUCUUAUAUCAUGAUCCUCACUUGGGCUUUCUUUUACCUGUUCUCGUCCUUCAGUUCAGAUUUGCCGUGGGCUUCAUGUGGGAAUUACUGGAACUCAGACUCGUGCUUUGACAACCGUCUGAAUCUGAGCAUGAAAUCCAAAUUGAACAGUACUCUCCCAGUCGUGGAGUUCUGGCAACAGCGAGUCUUGAAGAUCUCUGGUGGCAUCGAAGAGAUGGGCGGGGUGAGGUGGGAACUGGCACUGUGCCUACUCCUGAGUUGGAUCAUCUGCUACUUCUGUGUCUGGAAAGGAAUCAAAUCAACGGGAAAGGCAGCAUACUUUACAGCCACCUUCCCCUAUGUUAUGCUGUUUAUUUUGCUGAUACGGGGUGUUACAUUGCCAGGAGCUCUGGAUGGGAUAAUUUAUUAUCUCUACCCUGAUGUCUCUCGCCUCUCAGAUCCCCAGGUGUGGAUGGAUGCUGGCACUCAGAUCUUCUUCUCCUAUGCUAUUGGUCUUGGUUUCCUUACUUCUCUUGGGAGUUACAACACCUACAACAAUAACUGUUACAAGGAUUGUUUCUACUUGUGUCUGCUGAACAGUGGCACCAGCAUUGUGGCCGGCUUUGCCAUUUUCUCUGUUUUGGGCUUCAUGACAUAUGAACAAGGCGUGGAUAUUUCUGAAGUGGCAGAAUCAGGCCCAGGGUUGGCAUUUAUUGUCUACCCACGUGCUGUGGCCAUGAUGCCUAUGCCUCAGGUGUGGUCAGUGUGUUUCUUCCUCAUGAUAAUUCUGCUUGGACUUGAUAGCCAGUUUGUUGGUAUAGAGUGCGUGAUGACAUCACUGGUUGAUCAUUUCCCCUAUUACCUGAAUCAAGGCUACAGGCGGGAGCUGCUUCUCCUUGUUAUCUGCUGUAUCUCCUGCUUGUUUGGACUCUUACUGGUCACUGAGGGUGGAAUUUACCUGCUCCAGCUGUUGGACCACCAUGUCUGCAGUGGCACCACCCUGCUACUGCUCUCUUUCUGCCAGUCUAUCAGCAUCGGCUGGGUUUACGGCACUGACCGUUUUUACGACAACAUCACAGAGAUGAUUGGCUAUCGGCCAUUUCCAUUCAUGAAGUACUGCUGGCGGUACAUCACUCCUCUUGUUUGCUUCGGAACCUUCGUCUUCUCGAUUAUCAAAUAUACUCCACUGAAGUUCAGCAACUCCUACGUUUAUCCACUGUGGGCGAAUGUCUUGGGAUGGUUUUUUGCCACGGUCUCUCUAUCACUCAUCCCACUGUUUGUGCUUUUCAAACUAUUCCAAGGACAAGGCACCCUCCGACAGCGUUUCUUAUCACUCUGCAAGCCUGUCACCACCUUGGAUCAAAUAUGCCCACCUUCAGCACCAGAAAGCGAGACCAGCGUUCUGUUCACAGAGCUCAAACCUAUGCACGGAGCCAAGAAAGGGUCGUAAUUAUUGUAUGUUUUUUUUAAACGUACAAUAGUUCCAUCGCUUAACGUGUCCUCUUUGCCGUUGGAAUUUCCCACAAAGUAUCCGCAGGUGCAUUUCUCUUCAAUAUGGCCACUCCUCUCGAUGGACAUCGGUAAACAGGUAAAAGCCCUCUGCCUUUAUCCACGGACUGUCCGGUGUCCUGCUUUAUGUAAACCCACAGCAGUGAUAUAAGGUGGGACACGUGGGAUAAGAUGUUUUAAAUGUUCCCGACCCAGAAGAGAAUGGCAGAAGAGAAAACAUAUGAACAAUCUAAGCCCUUUUACAUAUUAGAAAUGGGCUUUUUAAUGAGUGUCAAGAGACGGGUUUACUGCAAAUAAAAGUUUACUGAGUAUCAGCUUAGCAACACUCACUUUUGGUUAAAACUACCUGUUAGACCCUGUCAUGCAUGGAGCUCUUAACAGUAAUACAACCACAACCACAGGGGGGAAUGCUGCUGCAUCUGUCUUCCUCUCUGGAGAAGGACACGAGGUUUUACAGAAAUAUCACCCAUUUUGCAUUCAGUUGUGGCCUUUCUGUACAAACUUUAAGCGGCUUCUCAAAGUAUCGUUCUGUUUAAUUUGGCUAGUGAUGCACUUUUUCUCAGGAAAAUCUCAGAGUGAAAUUCAUAACAGUUGUUUGCCUUUUUUGUGUAGCGGUAUCAUGCUCCCAUCAGUACUCAGGUUAGGGAGACCCUGCAGCAGCAGCAGGACCACUUUGACCCAAAGUAGCAUUACCACACACCUAAUAAAAAUUAAAUACUCAGCUAUGCAUGUCAACUGCCAACUUAGAAGGUCAAAUCUGUCAGCUAGUUAUGUUAUUUUACCAAAGCAGUUAUGUAAAUACAGUUUGUGUGAAUUCUGAAACUUAACCAUGGAGACUUCAGCGAUGUGGGGCAUGCCGUCUAUCAUGUUCGCACACCCCUGACAAAUGAUGCCUUACGGAAAGAAAUUUGUUCCAAUUGUAUUGCAAGCAAAGAGUGUGUACUUCAAAAAUGGAAUUUGAAAAACUUCUUGAUUAAAAAAAAAAAAGUUUUGAGAGUAAUGUACACAUAUCCAAAAGUUGAACAUACAUUUUUUGAGGUUU